AUGGCUGAAAUUGCACAGCCUGAACAAGAGGAAGAUAUAGAUAGAGCAUCCAACAAUAGUGGUAACCUUAUCCAAGAAAAGGAGAAAGAUGGUGAUUCUUUCCAGGAGAAUUCAGGUGAAGAAAACCUUCAUUAUGAACAUGAAGGGCAUGAGAAUCCAUCUUCAGAUCUUCAGGAAGAUGAUGGAAACAAGAAAAUCCCUGAGGACCAUGAAAUAAGAAACAAACUCGAUACCUUAGAACUCAACAGUGAGACUAGGCAAUGUUAUGAUGAAUCCCAGGAUGAUGAUUCUCCACAGAAGGAAAUGAAAGAUAAUGCACAGGAGUGCAACCAGGAGGACUGGUUCAAGAUCACAUAUGACAAGAUGUGGCUAGUAAAUUUAAUCCAGAGCCAUUCCAGUGUACCUUUCACUCCAGUUGAUUUUCAGUUCAUCAAAACUCGGGCACAAUUCUUUGUCCAGGGUGAAAGCACUGCCUCUGCAUUCAAGGCUAUCCACUGCAAGAUUUAUGAUGAAGCAAAUGAUAAGAUAUCUAUCUUUGUCAAUCCUUCUUCUGUACCUGACAUGGUGAUGAAUAAGUUCACAGCAGAACAAAUGGAGCAGAUAAAGCUGGCCUUGAUGAAACGAUAUGAUGUCACUCAGAAAAGUCUGGACCUGCAGAAGCUCCAGUUUGACACAGGCUUAUUGGGCCAUGAUAUUACAAUGGUCCUGAAUCGAAGACAUUUCAUGGCUGCCAUCCUGCAGAUCAUUGGAGAAAAUUUCCCUGAGCUGUUGUCCUUGAACCUGUGCAACAACAACAUAUAUUGGCUGGAUGGCCUGUCUGACAUAGUACAACAAACCCCUCAAGUCAAGUUCAUGAACCUCUCGCAAAACCAGAUAAAGUUUGCUUCAGAGUUGGACAAGUUGAAAGGGCUGCAGCUAGAAGAGCUGUGGCUAGAGGGGAACCCCUUGUGCAACACCUUUGCAGACAAAGCUGCCUAUGAAGUAGCCAUUCAAGAUUACUUCCCCCAGUUAUUGUGGCUGGAUGGCCAGGAAUUAGUCUCACCAGUUAUUGGCGGUGAUGUUCCUGAAGUAAUAAAACCCUGCAAGGAAAGCUAUAGAGGAUGUGAGAGUCUGAAGAGUAUGUUGCUGCAAUUUCUAAUUCAGAGCUUGAAAGACUACUUAAAGGAUAGUAGGAACCUAAAGAAGCACAAACACCCCGUGUCACGGAUGCAACUGUUGAAGCACACAAACUGUGAAAUUGUGGUCUGCCUCAGUUCCUUGCCCAGAACUCAGCAUGACUUUAGCUCCUAUGUAAUAGACAUUUGUGUUCAGACGGUGAGCCCCUGUUUCUUCCCUCAGGCAAUUCCAGAAAGCUGGAAGUGGAGUAGUGAGUGA